GGAGUCUUCACAUCCAGGCCCAGUGGAAACAGCUGAUAGGUUGAGUUUCACCUCGACUGCUCUGGGCCGUCUGAGCUGCUCGCGCCGUUCUACUGGAUGUGAAGUCUUUGUUGCUCCACCUUGUUCACAAUGAGUUCCUGUUCCUUUAAGGGAUCGCUCCAGCAUUCACCAUAGUCACGCUGCGCAGGAUCCAUAUUCAGAGAAAGUCCAGCGGUGGAGUGGGGAAAUACCAGAGCAGCUUUCCUCUCCUCUGGUGCUGAGCAACUGGAAGGAACCCAACUGGACCUGUUAAGUAAGACCUUCAAACUACCAGCAUCUCACCAUGAGCACAGACAAGCAUCCUGAAGUUACAUCCCCAGAGGAGGACAAGAUGGAAGCUUGCAGUGAGGCUGCAGAGGCGAACACGCAGGAGGAAGAAGAGCAGACGGAAGACGCCUCUGUCACUGUGAAUGGAAUGCACUCGGAUCCUGUCAUGGAUGCACGUGUGAUAAAAACCGAAGCUGAGGAGACGGACGAUACUGAGCAUGCAGUGAUUGUGCCCAAAGAGGAAGUGGAAGGAGACAGCGAGGACGGGAUGGAGGAAGGUGUUGACGAGGACAGGACAGAGGAGGACAACGACGAGCAGAGAGACGAGGAUGGCAUGAACGAGCCGCAGGACCUGUCACUGGUGGACUACUCGCGCUACGAAGCGGCAUCCCUGCCAGACGGCCAAACGACAGGUGCGUUGGAUGAGGCUGCAGACGGGGGCUACGCGCCCGGAUCCACCGCGGCCCGCAUUCCGACACAGGGGAAACUCAGCUGCGACAUCUGCGGUCUCUCCUGCAUCAGCAUUAAUGUGCUGCUAGUGCACAAGCGCAGCCACACUGGUGAAAGGCCAUUCCACUGCACUCAGUGUGGGGCCUCCUUCACCCAGAAGGGAAACCUGCUUCGCCACAUCAAACUGCACUCCGGAGAGAAGCCUUUCAAAUGCCCGAUGUGCAGCUACGCCUGCCGACGACGCGACGCUCUCAGCGGGCACCUGCGCACCCAUUCUGUAGAGAAGCCCUUCAAGUGCAACCACUGCAGUCGCAGCUACAAGCAGCGGAGCUCCCUCGACGAGCACAGAGAGAGGUGCCAUGUGUACAUUCAGAGCAAAGGUCCCGCCGAGAGAGAGGACAGCCACACAGCCAGGUCUCAGAUGGGCUCAGAGCGCGCGCUGCUUCUCGACAGGCUCGCCAGCAAUGUUGCCAAGCGGAAAAGUUCAAUGCCACAGAAGUUCACUGGCGACAACGGGGUCUGCCUGGACCUGAGCUUUAACAGGGAGCUGCUCCACCGAUCUGACAUAAAGGAACCUCCACCAGGCUCACCUGGGCCAGAGGGCCAGCUGCAGACAGUCCUUGCAGGCCCAGAUGGCGACCCACCUCCCACCCACAGACCGUACCCCAUCCCGUUAAACCGCACCGAUAUCAACCCAAUCAGCCUCACCAACGGCCACAAGAUGCCUCUUCUGGGCCUCCCUCAUGGAGCACAGCCGCCCCUCGGCAUGGACUCCUUCCACAACGACGCUUCCCAGAUGACCCAGCCCGUCAUGUACAGCUUGGGUCACCUGCUGGGGGGGAUCAAUCACCAGAACGGCGUCCCACACCCACACAGCCAGCCCAUUCCACUGACGCCCCUCGAGGCCCUGCGGGUCAUGCGGGCGGACGGAGAGUCCGGGGCGCCGCCCGGAGCAGUGUACCCCUGCGGCCAUUGCAGGGUGCUCUUCCUGGACUACGUCAUGUACACCAUCCACAUGGGAUGCCACGGCUUCCGCGAUCCGCUCGAAUGCAACGUUUGUGGCCACCGCAGCCGGGACCGUUACGAGUUCUCCUCCCACAUAGCCCGCGGCGAGCACCGCCUAGAACUCAAGUAGACUGCAUUCAUGCACACAAACAGUCACCACCAUGGAGACAGACAGCGAUUUAGUCAUAUAAGUAGCUGGUAGUAUUAGAAAUGAAAGCAUAAAGUAGCGGCUCUGUCUGUCCUUGGCGUUUGUUAAAGUGUGUGUGAGUACAGAUGUCGUGGGAGUGUGGCGGCUGUUCUUAGUCAUCCAUCUGAAAAGAUGGCCUGUAAAGAGUUAUUGCAGGAGUAUUUCUACUCCUCAGCAUGCAUAUAUUUGUAAGUAACGGGGUUGUCUGUUUGCAUAAAGCCACGUGUUUCACUCACACAAAGCAGCAGAAAGUACUGUUUUUAUGCUGUACCUACUGUUUUAUUUUGUCUGUAUAAAGAUGUAAAAAAUAAAAGAGCAGUUCACACACAAGCUGCAGAGUGUUUAGA